CACACAUACAGUACACGCUUUCUAAAAUCAUGGACGAGAUAUUACGAAUUCUACUGGGCUGAAGGUUAGCCAAUGAAUAUUUCAAAUCUCACGAAGACACCCUCAUGAAUAUUACUCAGCGCUACACUGCUUGCUAGCAUUCCAACGGCGAACGCUUGUCUUAUGAAUAUUAAUAGACAAGCCCUCUCCAUAGUAGACUCAUAAAUUCACGACAAGGGAUCGUUUGCGCCAACGGGGGCAGGUGGGAUAUUUAUCAUCAUGCUGGAAACCCAGACUUUGCGUCCUCCUAGCACACCUCAGACGGCUUCUGAAGCUCCUGCUUUCCUAUGAAACAAAGCCUGGGAUUAUAUUUAGCCUAAAUGAUGCUGAAUCCUCUGCGGAGGAAAACCUCUGUAUUUGCCUUUGGAGAUUGUGGGGACCGCCGUCAUCUUUCAUUGAGAAAACCUUCAGAAAUCAGUGCAGUCACUUCAGCAUGUUUUGAGCAAAUAAAGGUUCGGACGACAUUUCCAUAUUAUAACAAUGCUGGAGAAGUGUAAAUACAAUCUGGUUGAUGACUCAAUGGAUCAGAGGAUUCCUGCUGAUAAUGAAGGGCAGUUCCAGCAUGGGCUCACAUUCGAGGUGAAGUUCAUUGGGAGCCUGGAUAUUGUGCGACCCAAAAGCAGGAUUGAAAUAUUGGCUGCCAUGAGACGUAUACGGUAUGAGUUUAAAAUCAAGAACAUCAAGAAGAAGAAAGUCAGCCUCAUCGUGUCAGUGGAUGGUGUCAAGGUUGUUUUACGGAAAAAGAAAAAGGUGAAAUUCGAGUAUAGCUGGGACGAAAGUCCGGUGACACUGGCCCAGGACCCUAUUUUCAGGAUAUUUUACGUCUCACAUGACUCACAGGACCUGAAGAUAUUCAGUUAUAUCGCAAGAGACAAGAAAAGCAAUGUGUUUCGCUGCAAUGUCUUCAAAUCGAAGAGAAAGAGCCAAGCCAUGAGGAUUGUGCGGACCGUGGGUCAGGCGUUUGAGGUCUGCCAUAAACAGAGUCUAGACAAUGCUGACGCAUGGCUUGUAAAAGGAGAAGAGGAGAGAAGCAAAGAUGAAGCAGUGGCUGCUGGCAGCAGCACUGAGAGAGCAGGCGAUGCUGACCCGGAGACAGAUGAAAAGGUGGAGGAAGAGUCGAAGUCUCCUCUCUCCAGCCCUCUGUCUGUGAGCCAUCAGGUGCAGCUCCUGCAGAGACAGUUCCAGCAGCAGGAGCAGAGGAGUCACGCCGCCUCUGCGCAGGUGGUUCUUCUUCAGCAGCAGCUGUCGGUGGAGACAAACGCCAGGACAGAGGCUCAGGCUCGAGUCCAGCAGCUCCUGCAACAGAACACUGAACUCUUGCAGCAUCUCUCACUGCUGGUCAAACACGUCCAAGAGCUGGAGCUCCGCACGCAACCACACAAAAACUCCCCCUUGGGAUCUCAAGACAGCCUUCUGGAAAUCGCCUUGCGUGCCAAUAUGCCAGCAGUGUCGCGUGAGCCAAAACCCAAUCCCCUAUUAAGCGCUCAAAGAAGUUUCCCUCUCUCAAACAGCCUGGUUCGGCUGGACGGCUUUCAUUUCUUCACAGGAGCUUCAGAGCAGGAGAAGAAGCCGGAGCAGGACCGCGACUCAGGCAGGGGUCAGGAUGAAGAUCAGUCAGGUGGAUCGUCUCCUCCAGAGAACCAGUUCCUCAGUGCUCUGGACACUCCUGGAUUCAGAGAGUCGGGCAUCGCCUCCGGGUAUGAGUCCAACACAGAUGAGAGCGAUGAUCGGGACAGCUGGGGCCAAUAACUGUGAAAAACAGCCCAGCUCACACCAGCAGGGGUAGCAGUUCUGCACUUUAGGUUUACAUCGUGGCUUCAGCUGUCAGAAUAACCUUUUUAAGUCCAAUAUCUGCUAUCUGCAUUUAUUAACCAAUUGCAUUUAAAGCUGCAGUAUGUAACUUUUAGUGCACUCACUUAUUUUGAAAAUAGGCUCAUUUUGCAACUCACCUAGAGUUUUAUCCUUUUUUAAUCCAUUCAGCUGAUCUGAGGGUUUGGCGGGAGCACUUUUAGCUUAGCAUAGCAUAAAUUAUUGAAUUGAAUUAAAUCAUUAGCAUCAUUAGCAAAAUUCUUCAAAAAUCAUUUAUUUAAUAUUCCUAUUUAAAGCUUGAAUCCUCUAUAUUUACAUUGUGUACUAAGAUUGACGGAAAAUGAAAAGUUGCUACUUUGUAGGCCGAUAUGGCUCGGAACUAUGAUUUCAUUCUGGCGUAAUAAUCAAGGAACAUUGCUUAUGUACCAUAGCUGCAGCAGGCCAACGAUAUUAGGCAAUGCCUGAAAAUAGUCCCUAGCUAGGUAACUAGGUCACAGCGCUGCAUAAUAUCAGUAUGCCUGCUGCAGCCAUGGUACAGCAGCAACAUCUUUUAAUUAUUAUGCAAGAAUAAGAUUUAAAAAAUAGCCUCAAAAAUAGCAUCUUUUCAUUUUCUGUUGCUCUUUUCACCUAAGUAACUACAAAAGAGUCAAAGGGCACCUAUGGUGAAAUAUCUACUUUUCAAACUGUUUGGACAGACAUGUAAGUAUAGUGGUGUAGACCUUCAUAUUGGGGUGAUAUAAACACACCCAGUCCCUUUUCUUUAAUUUAACAACAUAAAAACGUCGGACCAAUUUGAGCGGUUUUAAGAUCGACCGCAACUCGACGUUGGAGUGUGGUCCCCCCGCCCACCAAUAUUGAUUGACAGGCACGCAUUACCACAUCCUCACACAAGAGCCUUCAUCCUCUUCCUGCUAAUGAGCAACAAAGAUUUUACUUUUAGCGGCCAUUUGAGCUGAACACGCAGUGAACGCAACGUAUCAAGAUUCGGGCCAUCAAAAACAGCUGAUCCACCGAGUUAUUCAGCACUCUCUCUGAAAACACUCAAUUGAUCUCGGCUGGUGGAUCAACAUUCACCACAUGAUCGCUCUCAUCUGCACCAUUGUUUGUAACUGUAGGUGGGUUUGCAAACCAGUGUACUUUUCAUUGCGCCUUCCUUAAACUUUAGCCGUUUGAAUUUCCCGCACUCACAGAAGCUCACUAUCAUCUCAACUAGGUGCGGCUGUAAAGUGUGAGCGCGUUGCCUCGCGUGCAUGUCCCUCCAUUGUAUAUAACUUGCCUUAGUUAUAGCCUCAGUCAAAGUUAAUCCAAUCUGCAUGGUUAUUAGUCUCGAUGUACAAGCUCGGAACUUUAAACUAGCAAACACUUGGCAUAACUUUGUUUAGUUGCCGCAGUUUUGUUCCAUGAAGAAACACGAUAUUGAGAAGCCUUUAAUAUGAAUUAACCUUAACAAAUAAAAGCGAGACUAAUAGUGAAACCAGUUAUUCAUUACAUCCCUUUAUGGAUGACGCAUGCAUCGUUAUAUAGUGGCUGUAAAACUAUACAAAGACACAAAUGGUUUUGUAAGUAUCACUCUGACAUAUUCUGGCACAUGAUUGAUUCCUCAACAGUAGUCUCUGCUUGGCCUGUGUCCAAGUUGUACAUGUACGGUUGAAUGCUGAUCCUCUCACUCAUGUUGCAUCUCUCUGUCUGCCUGUUGCCAUACACAAAGCAGGGGAGCUCUUGGCU